AUGGAAGUCACUGCUCGUUGUGCUGCUGUACUGCUCGUCCUGCUUCUGUCUCAGGCCCUGAUUGCUGUUCACUCACAGGAGGUAAGCGAAGAGGAGGCUGUCCAAGAGGUGGAGGUCGUCCAGGAGGAUGAGGUUGUCCAGGAGGAGGAGGCUGUCCAGGAGGCGGACCAGCCGGUGAUCGAGACGUGGACGCGGAACAUCAAAGCCUGCACCUGUGACUGCGAAGCUGCUGAUUCACCGACAGGUAUCCCCUCUGUCGUCCCAUCUGUCCUGCCAACGUCACUGCCACCGCCAUCACCUCAGGGUCACUCACUGAACUGCAUGCCAGAAUGCCCUUACCACAGAGCCCUGGGCUUUGAAUCUGGAUCUGUGACAUCAGACCAGAUCAGCUGCUCCAAUCAGGAGCAGUACGUCGGCUGGUACUCCUCCUGGACCCCCAACAAGGCUCGCCUUAACAAUCAAGGCUUUGGGUGUGCGUGGCUGUCCAAGUUUAAUGACCAGUUUCAGUGGAUCCAGAUUGACCUGAAGGAGGUGGGUGUGGUGUCUGGCAUCCUCAUCCAGGGCCGCUGCGAUGCUGAUGAGUGGAUUACUAAAUACAGCGUCCAAUAUCGCACCGUGGAAACUCUCAACUGGAUCUAUUACAAAGACCAGACAGGAAACAACAGGGUCUUCUAUGGGAACUCUGACCGCUCCUCUUCGGUGCAGAACCUGCUGCGCCCACCCAUCGUAGCUCGUUACAUCCGCCUGCUGCCGCUGGGCUGGCACACCCGCAUCGCCAUGAGGAUGGAGCUGCUGAUGUGCAUGAACAAGUGUCCCUGAAGUGAACUCACCCUGCUUUUUCCUCACUGUCCAUCCUUCCCCUGCCAAGCGGCGGCUUGCCAAAAGGGGGACGCUGGUCCAGCAGUGAAUUAUGACCAUUAUCUCUAUAACAUGUCAGUCUUUCUGUGGUGAGACUCAAAGAAAACUAAGUCUGGGCUGGUGGACAUGUUCGGUGUCCUUUGAUGCACUACUUCUCUGUCUUAAAAUACUUAAAAAUUAAUUGUUUUAACAUGUAAAUACAAAAUUGGACACCUUCUUCAGUGCAUACAGGGAAUUCCAGUUUGAAACGCAAUUUGGAAG